GUGUAGAGGAUCAGGUGUCUUGAUGCUUCACAAUAUGUCAGACAAAGGGGUUUGCAAAGUCAUUGCCUUUUUAUGUCCAGAGGUGCAAUUCCAAUUAAUGCAAAAGAGAAUACUGACAGACAACAACGAGUGUAGGAAUAGCACAUUUACACAUCAGACAAACAUACAUGAAAGGAUGGAACCUUGCUAUCAUCAUCUUAUCUGACAAACAUUAAUUUCUCAUCAUGUUUUUGCAAGACCAGAGAGGAGAAGCAAAUGUACCUGCGGACAAUGUACCUGUAGCACCCGUAUAUACCAUUGGCCCUCAUCCAGGAAGAAAUGAAGUUUAUCCUACACCACCAGCAGGUUAUUUACCACCUCAAGUCCCAAUGGUCAUGCCAGUCCCAAACAGACCCCUUGGCUGUCCUCCAGGUCUGGAGUACCUGAUCCAGGUUGACCAGCUUCUAGUUCAUCAGAAAGUGGAACUAAUGGAAGUUCUCAUGGGAUGGGAGACCAAAAAUCAAUAUGUGGUGAAAAAUAGCUUAGGGCAACAGGUGUUUUUUGCUGCUGAGGAGAGUAAUUUCUGUACUCGUAUGAUGUGUGGAUCGGUGCGCUCCUUCCAGCUCCACAUCCAGAAUAGCAUGGGACAGGAGGUGAUGACUUUAUCCCGUCCCCUUAAUUGCAGUAGUUGUUGCUUCCCUUGCUGUCUGCAAGAGAUGGAGGUUCAGAGCCCUCCAGGCAGCCCUAUUGGUUAUGUUAUGCAAAGCUGGCAUCCUUUCCUGCCAAAGUUCACUGUUCAGAAUGAAAGGAAAGAACCCGUUCUGAAGAUUGUGGGGCCGUUCUGCGACUGCAAAUGUUGUUCUGAUGUUAUUUUUGAGGUGGUGUCACUGGAUGAGUCCUCAGCGAUUGGUCGAAUUAGCAAACAGUGGACGGGAUUUGAGGCAGAAGCAUUUACUGAUGCAGACAACUUUGGCCUACAAUUUCCAAUGGAUUUGGAUGUGAAAAUAAAAGCAGUUCUAUUAGCAGCCUGCUUUCUUAUUGUAAGAUUUCAUGUAUUUUGAGCACACUCAAAACCAAGAAUGAAACCAUCCUGUGUCCCCAUGAUGUCAUGUUGUUCUCGUCAGUCCCUGAUUAGCUUACCUUCCUCUACCUGUGCCUGUUUAGCUCCCUCCUCACUCAGUGUAUUUACACUCCCCGUUCUGUUCAUCCAUUGUCAGUUAUUGAAUGUGGUGGUCACGCUGUAUGAGUUACUUACCAGUGAACUUGAAUGCUAUUUGGAUCCUGCAUCAUUCGUCUUCCUUCCAAGUAAAGUUGUGACAUGUUCCCCA